AUGCAUGUAGCUGUUUAUUUACAAAAUGUUUUAGAAUCUACAAGAUCGAGCAGUUCUGUGGACACUGCGUUUUACAGUAUUAAGUGGGCACACGAAUCAGCUGGUCUUGUAUCCCCUACAGAUAAUCCUUUAGUUAAUAGGGUGCGGGAGGCUGCUAAAAGAAUUGUAGGAGCUAAGAGGUGUCACAGGAAAAAACCUUUGUCUAUUGAAAUCAUCAAAGAUAUUAUCUCUGCCGCUGAUUUAUCCAAUACUCUUCAGCUGAGGAAUAUUUGUCUUUAUGUUCUUUGUUAUGCGGGGUUUUUUAGAUCGGAGGAGGUCACCAGUAUUAGACGAAAUCAUAUUACGUUUCAUGAUGGCUAUAUGACAAUUAAGGUCGAAAAGAGUAAAACUGAUCAGCUUAGGCAGGGCGAUGAGGUUAUUAUCGCACAAUCAGGUGGUAGUGCUUGUCCAGUUUCCAUUCUUCGAGACUAUUUAAGCAGGUUAAACUCGAUCCUCAUUCGGAUGAGUUAAUUUUCAGACAGUUGGUCAAAACCAAGUCAUUCUAUAAGUUGGUUAACAAAGAUAAACCUAUUAGUUACACUACUUUCAGGGAUCAUUCGUCGAAGAGUUUACGCUCUGUGGUGCCUGAUCCCUCUGUUUAUGGCACUCAUUCAUUUAGGUCAGGGGGAGCUACCAAGGCUGCCAACAGCGGCGUGGGCGAGCGAGUUUUUCAGAGGCACGGGCGGUGGAAGAGCGUUUCGGCCAAGGAUGGCUAUGUCAAAGACAAUAUCACUUCUAG